UUGCUGGACCCUCUUCCUAACUGCCCUGUGAAGUUCCAGUGCCAGAAAGCAGCCCUUCAAGCAGUGGUGUCAGCUCCUGCCAGUGGGAACAUUCUGCUGGUGUAGAGCCAUUGUGGAAGUUAAAGUUGGGCAUCUGGGCCCAAGCAGGGGGGCUGGAACAAUUUGUAUAGUAGGGGUGCUGAGAGCCAUUGAACCAAACUGUAAACCCUGUAUGUAAUGGAAACCACUUCAAGCCAUGGGGUCCUGCCACACCCCCAGGACCCCUAGUUCGAGCAUCUAUGGGCCCAAGUGCUUUAUAAAUAACAUUAUUAAUGGAAUAUGAUAAGGAGUUUUUUGAAACAAUUAGCUUCUUGAGCCUUCAUACAUCCCUUUAAGACUGUGCUGCUCUUGUCUUGGAAUGGUGAUUUUCUUUUUUUGUUUUUUAUUUCUGGAGAAGCUAUGUUUUAAAUUGGGGCUAAAAUUGUGAUUUUUUUUUAUCCUUUGCUGUAUUUACUGACUGUGGGUUUGUGCUAAAAAAAAUCAAACUAAAAUUCUAUUCACUGGAGUCCAUGAUAACUUUCCUGACUGGUUGUCUCAUAAUGUCACAUGUUCAGAUCAGCUUUAAAAACAGACUUUCAGGGUGUGUAUAGCUUAGGCUCUUUUCUUGGCUCUCUUUGAGAGUUGCUGUUGUUUUCUUGAGUGUGUCUACUGAGCAAAUCCUCACAAUGUGUGACCUGUUCCUAGGAACUUGGAAACUCAGCUCCAGUGAAAAAUGUGAUGAUGACAUGAAAGAGCUGGGUGUGAGUUUAGCCACCAGGAAACUGGGCAGCCUCACCAAACCCACUGUGACCAUCAGCAUUGAUGGGGAUGUGCUAACAAUCCAAACCAAGAGCACUUUCAAAAGUACUGAGGUCUCCUUCAAGCUUGGGGAGGAGUUUGAGGAAACCACAGCAGAUGACAGGAAAACAAAGAGUAUUGUAACCUUAGAUGAUGGCUAACUGACUUAGGUGCAGAAGUGGAAUGGCAAGGAGACCACAAUAAAGAGAAGAUUAGUGGAUAGGAAGGUGGUGGAAUGUACCACGAACAAUGUCACGUGCAUCAGAAUAUAUGAGAAAGCAAGAGGACAUCAAUCCCUGUCCACUGGACUAGAAACUCCCUGUGAUGGCCCUUGACAAGAAAGCUCCAGUACAAACUUCUGUUUCCAACUCAAAUGUGUACAGGCUUGUCUCAGAGUAACAAACAGGCUUUCAGACACUGAAUAUUGGAGUCCAUAUUCUUUGUUAGCUUGUAACUACGCUUGAAGAUUUGACCUUCAGAAUUGUAAAAACAGAGGUGAG